CGGGCGCAUAUUUUUAUCAAGAGUCUCUUGUAUGCUUGUUAUAUGUUCUUAUAGAGUGAGAGAUAGGGUAAGACCCAAAACCAGUAAAACAUCAUUUUUUUUACUUAUAUUAUUUUUAUUAAUGGUUACAACUACACAUGUGUCAAUAAAAUAUUCGUAUUCAUGCAGUCCUUGAACUCGGUAAAUCUGCAGGUGUCAAUUAGAUAAUGGUUUUUUAUUUCAAUUGAAAUCAUGGUAUUUUUUGAGUGGAUUCAACUUUGACCCAGAGAAUUGCUGAGGAAUUUGAUCAGAACGUAAGAAAUAAGCCCAGGUGGUUAUGAUUGCUGGAAAGUAAUGACAGCAAAUGGAUAAACGAUGGUGGUGGUAGCUGGUGAAGGUAUUGGAGAUGUUGUCCAUGAUAUCCCACUUUGUAAUGUGACAAAAGAUAAAGAUUCGCAUAGAACAGUACCUGAAUUAGAAGAUUGUAGUGACCCAAACAAAAUGAAGACAAAGAUAAAAAUCAAGAAGACAAUAGUAGUAGUGGCUGGUGAAGCUAAAUUUCCGGCGAAAAUUAUCGACACGGAAAAUAAUUUAAUAGCCGAUUAUUCGGUGCUACUGAUGGCGCCGAACUCGAUCGUGAGCCAAGUCAGGCAGGCGGUUUCGAUCUGCUGCAAAGACUCACCCUCAAUUGACAAAUUCAAUUUGUAUCUAACGCAGGGAGAAAAUCAUUUUCCGCUGGACGACAUGACCAAGACCCUGGACGAUUACGGCGUUAAUUUCGACUCACCAAAAGUCAACGAAGCGAGUGGGCAGCUUACUUUUGAGCGACAUAACAACGAUUGCAAGUAUGAGUACAGUAGCACCGAGGAUGUCUACCUAGAGUUCAAGCUUUAUUACGAGGAACAGAAGCAUUUGCUGAACAUCAGUUUUCUUGUCUCUAAGGCGACCUGGGUAGAAGACUUGAUAGCCAACAUAAAAGAACAUGUCAAUUUUCUUUUCGAUAACAAAAAUACUGUGAAAUUCACACUCUUGUACAGUGGAAUCUCAAUAUCUUCAUUUAAAUCGUAUCACAAUACAACGAUAGGUGAAUUUGGUUUUGAUUUUUCAAAAUCAGCCGAGGUGAUACUUAAACUUCGAGUGUGUACCACUCCCAACUGGGAGGACAGUCACUCUCCGACGAGGAACAGAAGAAACGCUAGCACAACCGAUGGGUUUGAUUAUUCAGCCGCGUUACGUGGUGCAGAUGACUCAGGACUCAGUCAAAACAAAGAAAGUGAUAGUAGACCCACAUCGAACAACAAAACAGUAAAAAAUGAAAUGGAACGUUUCAGUCCAUCUGGUAAUUUUUCAGGAUCGCCAAAAGUUGAGCGUAAAUAUGUCACCGAGCGCAAGUCAGACAUAUCUUAUGUCGGUCUUGUUAAUCAAGCGAUGACUUGUUAUUUGAACAGUCUUCUUCAGGCGCUUUAUAUGACACCAGAAUUUCGCAACGCCCUCUACAACUGGGAGUAUGUAGAGGGUUCCGAGAAAGACGAGGCUAACAGCAUCCCUUACCAAUUACAAAAAUUAUUUCUGAAUCUCCAAACAUCGCAAAAGACUGCGGUAGAAACUACUUCGUUGACUAAGAGCUUCGGGUGGGAUUCGACAGAGGCUUGGCAGCAGCAUGACAUUCAGGAACUUUGUCGCGUUAUGUUUGACGCUCUAGAGCAAAAGUUUAAAAACACUGAGCAAGCUGACCUGAUAAACAGAUUCUAUGAAGGUAAAAUGAUUGAUUAUGUCAAGUGUCUGGAGUGUCAAAUGGAAAAAUCCCGCGAAGAUACUUUCCUAGACAUCCCGCUGCCUGUAAAACCAUUUGGCAGUACUGUCGCUUAUAACAGUGUUGAGGAAGCUCUCAGAGGGUUCGUACAGCCGGAAACUCUUAAUGAUACUAAUCAGUAUUUUUGUGAAAAUUGCAACAAAAAAUGUGACGCUCACAAGGGGCUCAAAUUUACAAAGUUUCCUUAUUUACUAACGUUACAUCUAAAAAGAUUUGAUUUCGAUUAUCAAACAUUUCACCGCAUUAAGUUAAACGAUAAGGUUACUUUUCCAGAUAUUCUUAACUUAAAUUCGCUGAUACCCUCGUCAGCGUCGCUGGACGACAACGAAGCUGACUCGCCACUGUCUGAAGAAGUUGACGAGUGUCUUCCCUGCGAAAAUGGGUUCACUUCAGGGGAGCCAACACCUUCCAGCAGCGAGCAGAAUGACGACGAGGGUAUUGAUAUGAAUAACGCAUCGACGUCGAGCGUUAACAGUCAAGAAAACGAUCGCAAUCGCAACAAUAAAAAUCCUCCAGGUCCUUAUAAAUAUGAACUCUUCUCGAUAAUGAUCCACAGCGGCAGUGCAGGAGGUGGACAUUACUAUGCGUACAUAAAGGACUUUAAAACUCAAGAGUGGUUGUGCUUCAAUGAUCAAAAUGUGUCUCCGAUAACUCAUGACGACAUUCAAAAGUCUUACGGCGGUGGUCCCAGCCGAGUCUACUACAGCGGGGCUUACAGCAGCAGUACCAACGCUUACAUGCUCAUGUACCGGCAAAUUGAUCCAGAGAGAAACGCUUUACCAAUGCAGGUCAAUGAUUUUCCUAAGCAUAUUCAGGAGGUGUUGAGAAAAAUGAAAGAACAAGAAGAGCGAAGGAAUGCCGAGAAUUCUAUGAACUAUCAAAAAUUCCAAAUUUUCUGUCACCAUCCUAAAGAAAAAAAACGUAUAAACACAAAAAUAUAUUUGUUUGAGGAAAAUGAAUCUUUGUCAGAUCUAACAAAAAACGCUUAUGAUCAACUUAAUCUUAAAGACUAUGUAGAUUUGAACCAAUGUCGUCUCGUUGCUUAUGAUCCGGAACCUGAUUUUAUACAGCGCAGUUUUGAGGGUGCUGAACAGAAAAGUAUUGCUUCGAUAACGCAGUCAUCUGGCUCGUACCAAACUAUUUCAUCGCCGUACAAUUUGCUCAUGGAGAUAAAAAAUAAGAAUGAUAAGUUCAAAGUGUAUCAUCCUGGUGAAAUAGCAACUAAAGUCUUCCUUGUUAAUGUUAAUUCUCACAGGAUCGUCGACGGACCAGUUAGUGUCCGUGUGAAGACCAGCGCGACACUUACUGAUUACUGUAAAUUAGUUGCGGAAGCUUUUAACCAAAAGCCCUUCUCGAUGCACAUUGUGCUUAUGAAGAACAAUACUAACAGUAUUGUGCUUCAAGAAAACGAUUCUCAUCCGCUAGAAUACAAAGGUUUCACUAGCGGGUGCAAAGUCUUUGUGUCCUCGCACUUGGACUCGAAUCCUCUGAAAAAGUUCACCGAGUCGACGCUCAAGGCCAUGGUGGAAUCCUUCGCUAACAUUAUUGUUCUGAAUAUCGAGCUCCCGGAUAUGAGGAACGAGGUCUUGAAGGAGCUCAAUAUUCAGCUGUUGGAGUCCAAAAAGGAGGCUAAAGAUGAAAAAGUUAUGGCAAAUGGUUUACCGAUCAGCAAACCGGUGGUUAAUGGUGAGUCGGGUGUUAAUGCUGAGAAACACGAUAUUGUAGAUGGAGAAGUCCAGAAGUCGGGUGAAGAUGAGCCUACUGGGUGGAACUCACUGCAAGCUGAAGGCGAAGAAUGGCAGGAGAGAAGCACUUCAGAGGACAGCAGUCUCAGUGACAGCGACAGGACUCUGGUUGGUGAUGCGUCCGAAGACGACGAGACGAGCAAUGUCAUUCAAGAUUUAUUUACACCCACCCGAGAAAACUGGGGGGUAGAUGAUCAAGUAGAUUACUGCUUUAAGGUUAAAAGUAAACCUGGGAGUUCCCCCGACCAGAUUCAGCUGCUGGUUGACCAGCACAUCACCAUGGAGUCUCUGAGGAAACACUUGGAGCAGUAUAUUAGAAUACCACUGGAGUGCUUUAAAGUAAUCCAACAGACUAACAACACCGAGGAUAUUAAAUUCAUGCGUCCAAGAUCAACACCGCGCAGUUUCGAAGACGGCCAGACGCUUACUAUACAGCUGGAUCGCGCGCUCAGAGACGGAGAGUUUAAAGUUAAGCUUCAUUAUCUGUGGGUGGGCUACAUGACUAGGCCUACCGAGUACAACUUAGUGGGCGAGUGGAUUGUCUCGAAAGAAGCCACGGUGGCCCAGACUAAAAAAGAAAUAAUUGAAGAUCUUAAAGCCAAUAGCAACAUUGAUGUGUCUUAUGAGAAAUGUCGACUGAGAAAAAAAUUUUCUGCCACGCCGUCAAAGGUCUUGUUCGAUCACCAGAAGUUCAAAGAUAUCGAGCUUAUUAAUCAAGAGCUGAUUGUUCAAGAGCUGCCGGACAAAGAUAAUGUUACUGAUCCCAAUCAGAUUGUUAUCAAUGCUAUCAAGUUUCUGGUUCAGGAUUCUGUCGAGUCGUAUGAAAUCGCUCUGAGCAACAAUACUUUGAGUGAAUUGGCUACUAAGCUAGCGGAAUUAACGGGUAUCAAUGCAGAAAAUUUAAAUUUUGUUAAACUUGAUUGGAUUAAUUACGGAGGUUAUGCUGAUGCCAUUGAUAGUUAUAAAUGGAUCAAUUUGAACGAUGAGUCCUGGAAUUUAUCGACGCUUGAAGAUGGAGCACUUAUUUAUUACAAAGAUGGUACGGAAGAAAACAAUUAUUCGUCGAAUGAAGAUGAUGACAAAUCAAAACAAAAUACAUUCGACGAGCGACGAUUAGCACUGGAUUCAAAUGUGAACAACAUGAGAGAUAAAACCCGUAGAUUUAGAUUCUGCAAAGAAUCUAGUUACAAUAGCCCGCGACGUGAACGUGCACUUAAAAUAUACUUUGAUAAUAAAUGAUCUUCUUGUAACUUGUGGGCAUAGCGUCUGCAGUUAAGCGAGUGCCUGUUUUGAACCAAGAGCGUCAGUAUCAAUCCAAAAUUUAAUUUGAUGUUCUCGGUAAUAUAAUUUAAUUAUGUUAACGUUAACAAAUCAAGAAUAUCAAGUAGAUUCGUCGCCCAUAUCCCACGAUUGUUUGUUAUUAUUUAAUCGUGGUAAAGACGUAUCUAGCGAUUAAAAUAUCCGGCCACUUUGCUGUCUGAAAAAUCAUACAAUUUGAUAAUACAUAAGCUUCAAUAAAAAUCAAUAAUUAUUUAAUUAAA